CGCCUCCAGAGCCCCUACCCGCGUGGGUUGAGCAGUUUUCCCCGGAGAUGCAGAGGUGGUACCGGUUGGCGCUGGCCGGAGGGCGGAACGCGUCAGAGAUACAGCCUCCCGGCACCGUGCAGCAGCCGGCCCUGCCGCCUUCUGUGGAAGAACUUUGCGGCAGCACGUCCCUCCCCGAGUCCCUCCCAGACCUACGUCACGGCAACUUCAGCUGCGCCAAAAUCGCUCACUACAACAUCUACGUGCGCAUGUGCAUCGCUAAAUGUCACGUGGGUUAUCAGACCGAUGACGCAGGCCUGCUGUUCUGCAACCGCGGCCGAUGGGCACCGAUCCAGCCCGAAGUCGUGUUGACGCUCGUCGGCGUCGGUCGGGCUGCCGACACGAUGCCGAACACCGACCCUCGGGCGUUAGAGUACCUUGGCAUCCCCGACGAAAUUUACGCGGACGUUGCUUUAAACAUUUUAGUGAAGCUUGACUACGUCCCUAACCUUUCUAUUGUGGAUACAUAUCUAGACAUGAUCUCGGAGAACAAUAUCAUCGACUUUGACAUGAUGCGACAGUUGCUGAUCUGGGUCGGUCCAAAUAUCGAGCAUAUCGUCGCCAACCUGGACUUCCUGGACGUUCUGUCUCGACUAGAGACAUUUGGGGCCACCAGACAUCCCGUUUGCAGAACCGUGGUUUGUAGUGAAGACUAUGAGAAUUUAGCUCAUGGUCAAGUGAACAGCAGCACAACCACGUACAUGUCAGAAGCCAGAGUGGUUUGUGAGCGAGGCUACUUGCCCCGGUACCCUGUACUGACGUGCACGGCUUCAGGACAAUGGGACAAACCCGCACUGUGCGACCCAGGUAGGGCGUUAUUUAUGUGAUUAAAUGUUAGAAGCCAGAGUGGUUUGUGAGCGAGGCUACUUGCCCCGGUACCCUGUACUGACGUGCACGGCUUCAGGACAAUGGGACAAACCCGCACUGUGCGACCCAGUAAACUGCAGCCUACCUGAGGACCCCCCGCACGGCUCGUACCUGUGCCAGGGUCACGUGUUCUCGGACCGCUGUGACGUCAUCUGUGACAUGCGGUACGUACCGGAAACAAACGACACCCUGGGCUGCAGCUGGACCGGAAACUGGAUAACCUUUCGCGGAGAAAACACGACGGAGAUGGAAAAUGCGUUAUCAGCAGGUUUGGGAAAUAAUACACUAUUCUGCAUCAAAACAUAUACCUUAUGAAUGAUUUUUUCUUUCUAUUUUGCAUCGGGCGUUUGAUCUUUGUCAAGAUAGUCUCAUAACAUAUAUGAUUAUAGACUGGGGUUUGGAACGUUGAUUUGACAGUGAAGUGUAUAUACAGAUACAGAUACAGACUAUGUGAGCAUCGUACUUUUCCCUUUUGCAGACAACGUUAUCCCACAAACUCUGGUUUGUG